AUAAAUUCAGUCUCGUGAAGACCCAGUUCUGUCACUCCCAUAAGUGGCGAAUGCGCACCUCCUCAGAGCUAUUUCUUGAUGGCUUUCAACUGCUGUCCACUUAAAGAUUGGAGUCUUGUUUAAAUGGUUGUUGGUCGGUUUGAAAUCUAAAACAUUUAACUAGAUGGUGGUCUUCUGGAAUUUCUUUGGUGUCUGUCACUUGUUAGAUAUAAUUUUUUUAAUCUAAUUAAUGCUCUGCAGCAAGUUCAUUCCUAGGAAUUCUUGUCAAGGUGCAGAGGUAGCUGUCAGCUGAAGAGCAGGAGAAGCCAUGAAAGUACUUGAGAACUGAACACUGCCUUUUUCUGUACCUGGAACAAAAUGUCAUGCUGACGUUUCUGCAAGAGUAGAGUAAGUUCAGGUACCUUAUUUGUAACAAGGCUUCUAAAUGAAGCAUAUUGGCAAUCUUCACUAAAACAAUGUAAUGUAAUUAUAUGUGUCAAGAAAGAAAUUGCAAAGUAUGUUUCGUAAUUAGAUUUCUUCACCCAUAAUAAUAGCAGGUUUCUAAAACUCAGAACUGCCAAAUUAGUGUCAUCAGAUAUUAUUUUAGAGGGUAAAUAAUUGUCUGACUUUGUAUAGAAUGUAUAUACAAUAUGCUGAAUGUUGUUUCUUUCUUUCUCCAAGAGUAGUAUGUUCGAGCUUUACUUGUUCCUUUGUAAUGCAUCAUGAACACUGCAGUCUGUGUAGCCAUGCUGAUUAAUUUUUAGUACCUUUGAUUGUGACAUACAAAUUUUGUUAGUAUCUGUCUUUUGCAGGAAUCUGGUAUUUUCCUUUUUACAGGUUGUUAUGUGAACUAGCAUGAUUAAAAUGACUGGUAUAAAGAUUGGAGCAUACUCUUAACAUGACCAGCUAUUUAAUUUAGUGUAACUAUAUUCUGUGCAAAACUGCACAGUCAAGUCUUGGAACAUUCAGGUCACGUUAUUCAACAUGAAGAUGCCAGGAUAAGGUCUUGCAUUUCUUAGCCUGUCUGCAGAUUAGUUGCUGGACUGUACGUACUUCAGGUUUCCUGUAAGGCAGUUUCUGCUUUGUCCUGUCUCAAUACACAGCACUAAAGAAAAUGGACUUAAGGGAUAACUUUAAAACAUAUUGGUUUGUGCAUAAUAAAUCUUGCAUAGCCGUUCCCAUUCAAGAAUUAAGUUACUCUUGUUCAAUUUAGUUUAGUUCAUUUGAAGUACUACACAGAUGAUCCCUAAGAGUGAAGAAACUCAAAUCUGGAACUGGUUACUUCCAGUAAGGGGUCUCUUUCUUCCCCUCUUAGAAAUGUGAUUUGCAUAGGUGUUCCAUAAUAGGCCUUCUUUACCUUCUUUACUAUGGACAGAGUUAUGUUCUUCUCUCUCUGCCUCUGGAGAAGAAACACGGUGGCAUCAUGGGCACAGAGGCAGGUUGAGUACAUGUUUUGGCCCAAGCAAUCCAAAUUUAGGUGCAUGAGGACCUGUGAAUAUUGAGACUGUAAUUAAGAUAUCGAGAGGUAAGUAGCUGUUGAUUAUUAAGAAUCCAUCGUUCCAACAGAGUUUCCUUAUUACUGCUGGUUUUUACAUUCUUCUCUGUGAUUAAAAACUGUCCUGUUUUAUUUCUGCUUUGAAGGGUAAUACAAAUCAAAAAGAACAGAGGUAGUCCACAGGUCAAGUGUAAACAGUAAACCUAACUAACUUUUUAAAGGACAGAGAAAGUAUUUUCCAUUAAAACUAAUUAUUUUUUCCUGAUAAAAUUUGGUCAGUGAUGAUUAAUGCAUCAGAAUUGCUUUAUGAAAGUUAAUUAUGACCCUUAGUCCUCUAUUUUUUUGCAUUGGAAAGACCAAGCCUGGCAAUCCAAGGCCAGCAUGUAGUUUCUGUGCCAGUAACUGGCAAUAAAAAGCAGUCAGAAACCUUGUAGGGGUUACAGGGUGAGGCAAGAAUAAUUGUGGUUCCAGUACAAGUAAGUGCAAAUGGAGAACUGCUGGAACUUCUGAGCUCACUGAACCUAUACUGAGAUGGUUCUAGAUUUCUGUGGUUUUUUUUUUUUUUUUUUUGCUUCCUCAUGCUUUAUUUAUUAUUUAUUUUAAAGUGGCUUGGUCUUACUGAACCAAUACUAAAGGAUAUCUUCAUCCCUAUAGACUCCAGAAUACCCAUUCUCUUGUCCUUAAGCUUCCCUUAUGGUCAUUUUCCUUUUUUUAGUCUUUGCUUUGAAUUUCUGACCUUUGAAAUCAGUGUUCUUUGAAAGAGUUGUUUGGCCCUGACUUUCCACGUUCAUUACUCAUAGAUACAUAAAUGGAAACAGUGCAUGCACACAACGUAAUUUCCUUUGUUUUGCAAAGCUGUUUGUAGUUCCUUAAGAGACAUGCAGAGGAUGACAGACUUUGUCUUACAUAUGCAUGUAGAAUAUGCCCAAACGUGGACAUCAUUUGCGUGGGUUUAAAAGCAUGGGCAAAUAAUGGAAUGUUAAAUAAAACACUUAUCAUUUCACUUGCUUUGUUAUAUAAAUAAUUUAACACAUGAGUGACUUAAAACUUUGGCUGAAGAUCCACCUUAGUCUCUGUCAAAUGUUACUUCUGUUGGAGAGCUUGUGGAAAGGAAGGACUGCUUGUGUCCCAGGCACUUCAAUGCAAACCUUUACUCGUGUGGGCAGUUACAAUAUGCAGUUCUGUAGUGAGAAGGCUGGCUAUACCAGCCUCAUGUGACUUGUUCCCACUUGAUUGUGCCAAACUCUUUGUGUUGUUGCUACAUUAUGAAUCAUAUCAAGAAAUUCAUCUGAUUGAAACUUUCCCUCAUGUUGUUUUUCAGCUCAAUCAGCUCACUGAGGAACCACAGGAGCAGCUGUGUUGGUACAACAGUGGGGCAGGGUGAGGGCAGGAUUAUGUAGCAAGAGUGGACCUGCUUAAGGAACAUCCCAUCACUGCCUAAAACUCAUUUGUGAAGCUAAAUUGCUGGAUUAGCUGAUUUGGUGGUGGUGUCUUUUGACUUUAAGAGGAGUGGUGGCAGGAGGAACUACCAAGAGCUGUUGUAUGGUAAAUUAUUGAAGUAAAAUUUGCCAGAAGUUCAUCACUUUCAGUUUGGGUCAUCUGUUAAUUUUCCAGGAGAGGCUUGCAGAAUCAUCUAUGUAGGAUAUAAAACCAGUAGCAAAAGAGAGGAAUUCUUAAAAGCAAACUGACUGAAGACACUGAAGUAAAUACAUAACGUUGAAACUUCUUAAACUGCUAGAGCUAAAGAAAUGGGUACAGAGUUUGAUGAGACAAAAUACAGGUAAGGAAAGGAAUGGACCUUAAAGGGAAAGAAAUUGUAAAAAAAAGCAUGCGUUACAGGCUUUGGGUCUUGUUCUCCUCUGUUCUGGUUGCUGAAGUUCUGUUAGUGGUGCCAGUGCCAAGUUUGAUUCACACUUGAAGCCUGGCUUGUUUUUUUUCCUAUUAAUUCCUGCAGGAUCUGCAGCACUCCCAGCUCUCAUGGCCUGUUGUGACUUGGAUAACUGGAAAACCCUCUGGAGGGUCCUUGUUGCUGACAGAACUGUGCUGAGCACGAUGACUUCUCUUAUAAAUUCUUCAUGAUUAUUGGAUGGGUUCCUUGUGUGCCUCCACUCCUUCACUGUGUUUGAUACUGCAGUAAGAGAUGAGAAUAAUUGCGCUUUCCAGAGACCAAAGAAACUGAAGAUUCCAGCACAGAAGAUACAGAAGUGUGAGGAAUUGGUGCAUGACUCCAGCUGCUGGAAUUCACAUGAAGCAAGUUGCUGCUCUUGGCAUCUCAACGCAAAGAUCCACUUUCAUCACAUGGCACAAGAGGACGGGGAAACCUUUUCAUAAUUUCAUAAGCUGGCAAGACUUAAGGAGUGCUGAGCUUGUGAAUUCCUGGAACAGGUCCCUUCUGCUGAAGGUAAUCCAUGUUAUUUUUACAGUGCUUCAUUUCUUUACUGGAAAUGAUCGAUAUUUGGCUCCAAGUUUUCUUACCUUUUCAACACAUCAGACUUCUAUGAAGUUGUCGUGGGUCUUUAAAAACAUACCUGAGGCUGAUGAAGCUGCCAAAAAGAAUAACUGCUGCUUUGGAACAGUGGACACGUGGUUACUGUAUAGAUUGACUAAAGGUUCUGUAUUUGCUACAGAUUACUCCAAUGCCAGUUCUACAGGCGUUUUUGAACCCUUCACGAAAUGUUGGAACCCCACUUUGUGCAGUUUACUUUCCAUUCCAAUGUCUAUUUAUCCUCCAGUGAAAGACACAAGCUUCAAUUUUGGAUCAGCUGACCCUGAAAUAUUUGGGGUACCUAUUCCAAUAAUGGCAUUGGUAGCUGAUCAGCAGUCAGCAAUGUUUGGAGAAUGCUGCUUUCAGCCAGGAGAUGUUAAACUGACAAUGGGUACGGGUGGUUUCUGGAAUGUUAAUACAGGAGGGAGUCUCUUUGCCUCACACAGGGGUCUGUAUCCACUGAUUGGUUGGAAGAUUGGGGAAGAAGUUGUUUACUUAACUGAAGGCUCUGUGUCAAACAUUGGCACUACCAUCAAAUGGGCUCAGGAUAUAAAUCUUUUCACCAGUGUAGAUGAAACAGCAAAAAUGGCACGGAGUAUUGUUGAUUCUCAAGGCGUUUGUUUUGUUCCAGGUUUUCAGGUGAGAUACUGUUCCUGUUCAGAGGCAGCAAGAAAGGUUUCUGCAAAUAAUUCCUCCUUAUGUGCCUCUUUCAUGGGGCUGAAACCUACUACUACCAGAAACCAUCUUGUACGAGCUAUUCUGGAAUCUGUAGCUUUCAGAAACAAACAGCUUUUUGAUAUCAUUGUGAAGAAGGUACGCAUUCCGCUUCGAACUGUUCGAGCUGAUGGAGGUGUCAGUAAUAACAGUUUUGUCAUGCAGAUGACUUCAGAUUUGAUUAAUAAGAAAAUAGAAAAGCCUUCAAAUACAGAUAUGUCUAGUCUUGGUGCAGCUUUUCUCGCAGGUCUUGCAUCAGGACUUUGGACUGACAAAGAACAGCUAAAGAAGCUGAGGCGAAUAGAAGCAGUUUUUGAGCCCCAGAAGGAUGUGAAGGAAUACAAACCUGCCAUGGACACCUGGAUGCAAGCGGUGAAAUGCUCCUUGCACUGGUAGAAAUUGACAUUUGGGAGAUAGAAGGAAUCAAAUUAUAAAACUAACAGAAUGGUUAAAAUUGUAACUGGAAUUUGCGAUGAUAUAUAAAAGUUCUAAGGUCCUUUGGUAACCUUCCUGCUGUUGGAUAACUUAGCACUCCAUAGUGAACCUUCCUAUCACCCUCACAACAGCUGUAGUCCAGAUGCAGCACUCAUGUCCCUUCAAUGACCCCCUUUGGGUGGCCCAGCUGCUUGAAACCACACUUUAUAUGUUGGGAGGUUUUUUUUCUAUGAUGUGUUUUCUACUGAGGAACUCAUCUCCCAUCUGAUCUUUAAAAGCUUUGAUAUGUUAACCAUUGAGGAAUCUGAAGAGGGACAUACACGUCCCUCAGUAUUUCUAAGAGUAAUAUAAUUAUUUAGAGGGGACGUGGGAAAUUGAUUGUGUACCAAGAUACAGCCUGGCUAGUAGCUUCCUCACACAUUUUGAUUGACUUUGUAAGGAAGCAUUUGACCCAGCUGUGUGACGGGGUUUUUGUGGUGCCUUGGGAUUAGCACAAAAUUAAGAUGAGAAACAAAAGCAAAUAUGCUUUCAGAACUCCUUAAAAGAUGCUUCUUUCCAGGAUUUUUGUAGCUGAUGUUUACAAUCGGUCUAAUUUGUAGCUACGUUUUUUAAAUUUUAUACAGACAAGAACUGCAUUAUAUGACACAAUUAAUAUCAAUGCUAGCAUACCUGUAACUGCAUUUAACUUGUGAAAAUCUGUAACGUUAGUAUUUUCAAGCCCAUCACUGAGUCCUAUUAUUAUUGGGAAAAAAACAGGGUUGAAAGUCUAUUUUUGAAGUUACUACUUUUAUAUUUUUAAAAUAAACUAAUUAAAGAAACAUAAUUAAUUAUG